UGGCCGUCCAAAUCCUAAUGCAUAAACAAACAAAUAAAGCCAAACAGUCCUUCGCUGUCCCACUUUUGAAAAAACCUCACAGGCAAACAGCACUUUAACAGUCCUUUUUUGACAAACCACCCGUUUAACAAAUUCAACCCAGUUUACAAGCUUUUUCACACUUCAUUCUUUAAAUAACACCCGAAUUCAAGGUUUAAGGUUUUUUACUUAGCUCAACAAAGGUUGACUUUUGAGUCACUUUGGGGUGCUGGGUCUGGCCUAAGAUUCAUCUUUCUCACAAAUUUUCCGGGAAAAUUUAAGGUUUGUGAUAGGGGGAUGUGAGCUAGCUAGUGGUUCCAGCUUUAGGUAAUGGGUACCAGUCAAACAGAGAAGGUUUAUGUUGCCAUUGGGACUGAUCAGAAAGAAGGGUAUGCAACCCUUGAAUGGGCACUUAGAAAGUGGUCUUCCCAAUCAGUCUCCAUAGUAAUUCUCCAUGCUGAUAACAACAAAUCGAAAGAUUUUGUUUACACACCAUUUGGAAAACUCCCUGCAAGCUAUGUGAGUGAUGAGAAAUUGGAAGUUCUUAGGAAGAUCAAAGAAGGGGAAAAUGAUAACUUUCUAUCUGAGUACAAAGCUUUAUGUGGCAAGAUUAAAGUUGAAGUUUUGAAAAUUGAGAAACAUGAUGAGCCUCUCCAUAAGCUCUUAGUGGAAUUGAUAUCGGGGAUUCGGAUAACCAAAUUGGUCGUGGGGUUUACAUUCAUGAAGUCCUCAUCAUGGAAAUCUCGCGGCGCAAUCAGUGGAUCCUUUUAUGUUCACCGGCACAAACCUGAGUUUUGUGAGUUGUUCAUUGUGUGUGGAGGGAAAUUGCUUUUUCUAAGGGAAGACAAUAAUGAAGGAUUUAUAGAGGAUGAUCAAGGAGUCAUCGUUGCUAAGUUUAAAGAAAAGGGUAGUUUCAGAGGUUGGUUAGGGAAAAAGUUGAAUGAAAAUGGAAAUAAUGAGAAAUUUCACGGUAGCCCAUCACCAGUUUCAUCUUCAACAAGAAAUGGUUUCUCAGAUCAAUGGGAAAAUUGUGUGCAAGAGAUUGAAAGUUACUUCAAUCAAUUGUUGUCUUCAAAUUCUGAUGAAGAAGGGUUAGAGGUAGAGAAUGACACCUUGCGGAAUAGUCAAAGAGAGCCAGAGAAAGAUAUUCCUGAAAUUGUGAGUGAUGCAGACAAAAUUGAAAGGCUGAAGAUUAAAAUUACAAGCGCCCAAAAUGUGAUCCAGUUGAAGAGAAAAGAAGCUAAGGCCAAUGUUGAAAGACAUGCUAGAGCUGAAUGGGCUAUUUGCUUAUGCACACGCCGGGCAGAAGAGAUUGAAGCUCAAAUAAAUGAAGAGAUUGACACGAGAACUGAUCUAAAGAAAGAGCUAGACACUACAAAAGAAGAAGUAUGUGAAAUUGGGACUGAAGUUGAGGACAAGAAGAGUAAGCUCAAGUCAAUGCUGGAACUCCAACGCGAACUCUCCAACAAACUCCAACUGUCUUCUCUUGCCAAAACACGUGCUGAAGCACAACUAGAGAAGGCGGUGACUGCCAGAGCAGAGAUGGUUCGUGAGAUUGAGGAGUUGAGGCGGCAAAGAGAUGUUUUGCAACGUAGAAUUGAGUUCUGUAGGGAAAAGGAUGCAAUAGGUAUGGCUACGAGGUUGGGUGAAUUGGGAUUCAAUGUCUGUAGAGAGUUCACGGCUGAUGAGAUUAGAGCUGCCACGGAUGAUUUCUCAGAGCGUUUGAGGUUGAAAUCAGCAGGUGAUUGGACUAAUGUGUAUCGAGGUCGGAUCAACCAUAUAAUAGUAGCAAUCAAAGCGUAUAACUCUGUCAAUGGACUGUCUCAAGAAGCAUUCGAGGCUAAGGUGAAGCUCCUUAGCCAAAUGCGACAUCCGCAUAUUGUCGCCAUGAUCGGCUAUUGCUCAGAGCUAAGAUGCAUUGCAUUCGAAUACAUGUCAAAUGGCUGCCUAAGGGAUGUAUUGUUCUCAGUCAGCAGGAGCUCUAGAAGGAGAAACCGGAGUCUCAAUUGGCAUACUCGAGUACGUGUUGCAGCCCAAGUUUGCUCGGCCCUGGGCUUCCUUCACUCGGCCCAGCCCAGGUCCAUUUCACACGGAAACCUCAACCCCUCCAAAAUCCUCCUGGAUCGAAACCUUGUUGCAAAAAUCCAUGGGCUUAGGCUCAGUUGGUGUCAUGGUGAAGUUGAGGUUCAGUCAGAUAUGAAGGCUUUUGGGAAUCUAGUGUUGCAACUUCUAACCGGGAGGAAUUGGGCCGGGCUUGUUGAAGAGGAAAUAUUGAUUGACCGAGCAGCUCUUUCUGAGGUUUUGGAUGACUUGGCUGGAGAAUGGCCACUGGAUUUAGCUGUGGAACUUGCCAAGAUAGCAAUGAGAUGUUUGUCUGCUAACAAAGGGCUGGACACGGAGUUGUCGAUGGCGAUGGUGAUGAGAGAGAUUGAAAAGGUGAGGAAAAAGGCUGAUGAUUUAGUGUCGGCAAACGGAGAAGGUGUGGUGGCCAUUGAAGGAGGAGGAGGUGCCAAUAUAGAAGACUCAACUGAUGUACCAAGUGUGUUUCUCUGCCCUAUAUUUCAGGAUGUGAUGAAAAAUCCACUGUUGGCGGCCGAUGGAUUUUCAUACGAGCAAGAAGCGAUCGAAGAAUGGCUAAGGAUGGGGCACGACACAUCGCCCAUGACAAAUUUAAAGCUUAAGCAUAAAAUACUAACCCCUAAUCACACCCUCCGUUCCUUAAUCCAAGACUGGCAUAAUAAGAGAUCCAUUCCCCUUUCCUUAAACACAUAAUAAUAAAGCUUCAUGUAUUUUUAAAAAUCACAAUAUAUCACAACAACCUCUGUAAUUCUUUUAUUACAUAAUCUAAAGAAAAUCAUUCCCAUUUUGUGUUAUCCA